UUCCAAGCCAAGAAGAACCACGACUACAACCUGGCGAGGAGAUGGUGAGAUUGCCAAUUCUCUUGUUGAUAGCCGAUUCUAGUUGCAUCCAAAUACACAAAUAACCCCGAGGCGCUUUCAGCUUAUCUAUCUUUUGAUCGCCUCCCCAGACGGUCUUCAUCUACGGUGUUCUGGGCCUUUCGCUCACCGUACAUACGCUUAUAAGCAUCCCCUUCUGGGCUCCCCCAUCAUUUUCCCCUCAUCUCCCCUUACUCCAAAUAUCAAUCAUCUCAUCUUCUGUCGACACAAUCAUUCCUUCUUGGCACAUUCGGUGUCAUUUCAAUCUAACCGUCUCUACCAUUUGGACCGUGACAGUCUAAGAUGGCGGUUAAUAACGGUAAAGCGACACGGCUCGCCAUAGUACCUCUUGCCAAGGGUUCUGUCUUGCUUCCAGGAGUUACAUUACGAAUUCCAGUUGCGAAUCGCCCUGAUCUCUCCAAUUUGCUUUCCACGCUGCUUGACCGCUCGACUUCGGGGAAACGGGAUGGAAGCACAAUUACGUUUGGGUGUGUUCCGCUCAGCUCACCGUUCUUGAGUAAUGAUGGCCAAAAUCUCCUCGAGAAUGCAACAUUGGAAGAUGAUCAAAAAGAGGAGUAUGAUUCCAUCGAUGCAGGACAGGCCCGAAAGGACGAUCUCUUCCGUUACGGAACUCUCGGCAAGGUGGUUGCGGUUCAGCGCCGUGUCUACGGGGAACCAUACCUUCUUGUCCAAGGAGUUCAGCGGUUUACAAUCAAACGAAUCUUGAAGGAAAGACCUUACUUUGAAGCAGAGGCUAUCCUUCACGAUGACCAAGAUGCCGUGUCCAACGACCAAGAAACCAGUGACUUAUUCCAACAGCUGAGACGUCUCUCACGAGAGCUUCUCACCUUGCUGCGAAUCUCAUCGUUAUUGCCUUCUACUUCAACGCGAUUGUCACCACUUGUCGCCCGUAAAUUCGAGUUGUAUAUAUCCAGAACUGAUCUGUCCCAAGCAGGAAGAUUGGCCGACUUCAUGGCAGAUGUGACCGAAUCGAGCUUGGAGGAGAAGCUUAGAAUUUUGGCUGCUUUGGAUCUUAAGCCCAGAAUAGAGAGGGUGCUCGAGAUCCUUGGGAGACAAAUACAAAGCUUUAAGAACAAUGUCAAGGUGACCUCCAUCUCCACAUCUACCUUGCCAAACUCUGGCUUCGACAUUAACCAGAUUGACCCCCGUGACCGUGAGCUUCUAGCAAGACGCGCUAUGGCUGGUCUUUCAGGCCUUACACCGCCUGGUGCGGCUGGCGGACGGAGUAAUGACAAUGAGGAAAAAGAACCCAACGAAGUUGAUGAGCUUCAACAAAGGCUUCAGGAAGCGCAACUUAGUCCUGAGGCUAGAAAGAUUGCGGACAAGGAGCUGAGACGUCUUCGUAAAAUGAACCCUGCGAACGCUGAAUAUGGUGUUUGCCGGACCUACCUUGAGAACAUUGCAGAGAUCCCAUGGACCAAAGCUACCGUGGACCAGCUUGGAGCGGAUACUUUGAAAAGAGCAAGGAAACAGCUGGAUGACGAUCAUUAUGGGCUUGAGAAAAUCAAGAAGAGGCUGCUCGAGUACUUGGCAGUGCUGAGACUUAAGCAGUCUACCAACAACGACGUCGAACGACAAAUCGCUGCGCUAACAAAGGACCUUGACUCCUCAAGCGGUGAUAUUGAGCGAGAAAUUCCAAUUCCAUCGGAAUCCGACAGAGUCGCUCUCGAGACAAAAUUACAGGUUCUGAAAUCCAAGCGUAUGACCGACAAAUCUCCAAUUCUGUUGCUUGUUGGGCCACCAGGUACCGGCAAAACCAGUCUGGCAAGAUCCGUUGCUACAUCUCUCGGCCGCAAGUUCCAUAGAAUUUCUCUGGGUGGUGUGAGAGACGAGGCUGAGAUUCGAGGCCACCGCAGAACCUAUGUUGCAGCAAUGCCCGGCCUCAUAGUCAAUGGCCUUAAGAAAGUUGGAGUCGCCAACCCAGUGUUCCUACUUGAUGAAAUUGACAAGGUUGGAGGUGCAAACUUCCAAGGGGAUCCGUCUGCGGCAAUGCUCGAGGUCUUGGAUCCUGAACAGAACCACACGUUUUCUGAUCACUAUAUCAAUAUCCCCAUUGAUUUGAGUAAAGUCCUCUUCAUUGCGACUGCCAACUCCCUCGAUACUAUACCCGCGCCACUGCUUGAUCGGAUGGAGACCAUCUCGUUGUCUGGCUACACAACCGUCGAGAAGAGACACAUUGCGAAGCGGCACCUCAUUCCCAAGCAGGUUACCGCCAAUGGGCUGUCGGAUGGACAGGUCGCACUCUCGGAUGAAGUGAUCGAUAAGACAAUCACUUCUUAUACUAGAGAAUCCGGUGUUCGUAACCUCGAGCGUGAACUUGGCUCCAUUUGCCGCCACAAGGCCGUUCAAUAUGCAGAUGCCGGGGAUGCUGAUAAAUUGGAUACUUAUAACCCGGUUGUUGCCCUUGACGAUUUGGAAGAGAUUCUCGGAAUCGAGCGCUUCGAAGAAGAGAUUGCUGAGAAGCACGGUCGUCCCGGCGUAGUGACUGGUCUUGUUGCCUACUCUACCGGCGGCCAAGGCAGCAUUUUGUUCAUCGAGGUUGCUGAUAUGCCAGGGAACGGCCGUUUACAGCUCACAGGAAAGCUAGGUGAUGUCCUCAAGGAAAGUGUGGAGGUGGCCUUGACAUGGGUCAAGGCCCAUUCCUUCGAGCUUGGUCUGGCACACGACCCCAAUGAAGACAUCAUGAAAAGCCGCAGCCUUCACGUCCACUGCCCGUCGGGAGCCAUUCCUAAGGACGGGCCCUCCGCUGGUCUUGCACACACUCUUGCCUUGAUCUCGUUGUUCACGGGCAAGGCUGUGCCUCCACAAGUUGCAAUGACCGGUGAGGUCUCCCUACGAGGACGAGUGAUGCCUGUAGGCGGUAUCAAGGAGAAGCUCAUCGGUGCCCUGCGUGCCGGAGUGAAGACAGUCCUUUUGCCCUACGCCAACCGCAAAGACGUUAAAGACGUUCCGGAAGAGGUCAGCCAAGGCCUAGAUAUUGUUUAUGUCAGGUGAGAUUGAGUUUCCCUCGAGCCCAAGAAUGAAUAGAGAACUAACAUAUGGGACAGCCAUAUCUGGGAAGCCCUUCGACAGGUGUGGCCUGACG